UAAACUACACAGAAUUUUUUUUUCUGCUUGUAUUUUAUCUUUUCUCCAAGUCAACACCAUAUCUAUUUAAAUUAAGGUUCAAGAGUAUAUAGCCAAGAAUGUAGAUUAGAAUAAUAUAUAUUUUAUUUUAGGUAUCAACAAAAACUAAUCAAUUUGAUUUAAAACGUAAUUGAAAACAAUGGAAGAUUUCGAUCCUGCCGAUUUCAUACAAGAGGAGGAUUAUGAUGCAUAUGAAGAUAAAUAUGCAGAUGAUUUUGAUAUGAUGGCAGAAAUAGAAGAAGACAUGGUUGAUUUUAAUGUACAGAAAGUUGACAAAAAAGCACGAAAUAAUGCAGACUUAGAUAAAGGUCUUCUUCACCUAGAGACAAAUAACAAUGGAGCAAAAAGUUUAUCAGUAAAACGUUGUCGUGAUGAUGAAGUUGAUUCAGAUGAGGAGGUUUUGCAAUACAAUGAUGAUGAGCUCAAUGAUCUUCCAAAAAAAAAGUUUAAACCAAAGAAAUUAAAACUUGGCGACUCACCAAAGAAAAUCAAUUCAACAAAAGAUGACAUAUCAGAUCUGCUGGCGAAUCUGAAGUCAGACAUCAAUGAGCUUCCUGUCAAUGAUGCUCAGCUAAACAUAACUCGUAAGCGUGUAUUUCGAAGACCUGUUCUCGGAGAAGAUUCUUUAAACGUGACAAGUACUGAAGGUGAUAGAGUUUUUUUAAAACUACAUCCGGAUGACGAUGGUAAGCCGAUUGAGCAAAACAAGUGGCAAGCACAUGCUUCUAGAAAUAACCUAAAUCUGUUAUCUGUUCCCUUUGACCAACUAAAAGCAGAGGUGAUUGAAAAGCGACAUUUAAGAUCAAUGCAAAGGUUGGAAUCUUCAUCUGCUAACAUUGAAAGAAAUGCAGAAAAAUGUGAGUUUAAAGCCGAAGAACUUUGGGUGGAAAAAUAUACACCAAAAAAAUACACAGAACUACUCAGUGAUGAUGGAACAAACCGUCAUCUUUUAAGAUGGUUAAAACUCUGGGAUGAUGUUGUGUUUAAAAAAGGAACAAAAACAAGCAAGAGGCAAAAGAAGGUGGCAGAGAAAAAAGAACAACAACAAACAAAUGUGAAAGAUGGUAAACCUACGUUCCAAAAAUAUGAUUUCGAGGACGAUUUGGUUCUUGACAACAAGGGAAGACCGAAACGAAAGAUUGCUCUGUUAUGUGGAAACCCUGGGCUUGGUAAGACAACAUUAGCCCAUGUAAUCUCGCAUCAUGCCGGCUAUAAUGUUGUGGAAAUGAACGCAAGUGAUGAUCGUUCUCCUGAGGUGUUUUUAAACAAAAUUGAAUCCACUACACAGAUGAAGGCUACCAUUGGUGCAUCAAAAAGGCCAAAUUGUCUUGUUAUCGAUGAAAUCGAUGGAGCUCCCAUACAAGCGAUAAACAUCCUCCUAGAUAUUGUAAAAGCAACUGAAAUGGCUGGUGGUAAGAACAAGAAGAAAAGAAAGAAGAGAGAAUUCAUUUUAAAUCGACCUAUUAUUUGUAUAUGUAACGAUCAAUAUGUACCAGCUUUACGUCAGUUGCGCCAGGUCGCAUUUACUUUACGUUUUCCUCCGACGCUUGCAAGUCGGCUAACAAAUAGGUUGCUAAUGAUAUCACAACUGGAAAGUUUGCGCAUCGACAUGACCACGUUACUUUUGUUAUCUGAAAAAGCUGAGAACGACAUUAGAUCGUGUUUAAAUACACUUCAGUUUAUCCAGCAAAGAGUUAAAGAAUUUAAACCGGACGAUUUGAAAACAAUGGAAAUUGGACAAAAAGAUAUGAAAAAAGGUCUGCGGAUGAUUCUCACAGAAGUAUUUCAAUUACCACGCACCAAAAAAAAACUAUCCGGGAUAAACGCGAACCCGAAAACCAGUGCUGGUGCACGAUUUUAUUACAUGCUUCAUCUUGUGUCCGGAAACACUGAGUUCGAGAAAAUGAUGCAAGGUUUAUUCGAUCAGUAUUUAAACUCGAGGACAAAAGAUCCCUACAUGGAGUCCAUCAUUAUGGGUGCAGAUUGGUUGGAAUUUUCUGAUCUUGUUCAAGAAAAAGUUCAACGCCAACAGAGUUUUGUGUUGCACAGAUACUCAGCAUUUUUACCUGUUGCUUUUCAUAUGUAUUUUGCAAGAGCUACAGCGCCGAAGAUACAAUAUUCGAAUGUGGCGUAUGAGAACUAUUUAACAGAAAGUCACAACUUGCAAACCUUACAACUCAUGAAGAACGGAACAGCACCCCACUUAAGAAGGAACCUUUUAAAGAACGUGACAUUGUUGGAUAUCAUACCGUAUCUGUUUUUAAUCACAUUACCAAACCUUCGACCAGUGAACACGAAAUUGUACAGUGAAAGCGAGAAGCAAAUGUUUGCUAGUUUGGUUGAUGUUAUGAUCGCAUGUAAUCUGACCUAUCGCCAAGAAAGAAAUCCAGAGGGACAGUAUACGUACUUACUUGAACCAAACAUAGAAGAACUGACCACGUUUACCGGCUUGCCGCAGCACCGUCACUUACCGUACGGCACAAAACAACUAAUAGCUCGUGAAGUGGACUUGGAGAAAAUGAGGAGGGCUGAGAAAGUUAUGAAAGCGUCAGAAGAAUUGAAUAUUGUGCCGGUUGGUAAAACGAAUAAGCGUGCAGAUGUUGUGAGCCGGCAAAAAUUGGAACCAAAAAAAAUUAAAGGUACCGAUGAUCAUCAAAAUCUGGAUUUUUUUGGGCGUGUCGUUCAAGUUAAAGAGACGCAAGAGACGACUUUAAAGAAAGACGGAAAAAAGAAAUCAAUUUUAAACAAAGAUAUUCGAUUUCGUUUCAACGAAGGAUACACGAACGCUGUGAGAAGAACUGUCAAAAUACAUGAAUUUUUAUAAAUACCUUAUUAAUCGAAGGAUAUGCCUUAACUUAUCGGAGCUUUUUCUCCGGUAAUUUAAUGUGUGAUGCAAUUUCAGAAUUAUUUAGAAAUAUAUGUAGAUAUAUCUUUCUGGAAAAUACAAAAAUUUUAACCAA